GCUGGGGGCGGGGCUUGUCACUGGCUGGCGCUGUGAUUGGCUAGAGUUGGCUGUGCCACCAGGACAUUGGCUGGAUCGCCGCUCGGGGCCCCUCUGCUCUCGCUGCGGCCGCUCAGUCACAUCUCAGCCGGCGCCUGGGUGACAUGCUGGGGUCGGGAGGUGUCGCAGAGCGGGGGCGCCUCCGGCAGCUGCUGCGGGGGAGUGUGGCCGGCCUGUGCGAGCUGAGGCUGCUGCGGGAGCGGCAGGAGGUGCGGGUGCGGCGGGCGCUGCGGGGAGGAGAGGACCUGGAUAGACAGCUGUGGGAGCUGGAGAGACAGCUUGGGGAACUUAGACUGAGAGCUGAGAAUGACAAUGAGACUGCAGAGUAUGAAGCAGAAGGAUCCGAGUCCUGUGACGUGUUUGUGGAUCGUUCGUCCCGCGCAGGACAGACGGAGGCACGCAUGCAUUACGCUAGUGAGCGCCCCAAGAGCGCAGGUGAUCUGGUUGUGGGAUCCCACCACCCUCGUUCCUCCUCUUCUCGUCUUCUGGUGCCUCGUUCAAUGUCUGCUCCUUACCCCUCUCCCUCAUCUCCCCCUCCUCCUCCUCCCCCUCCCCCUCCCACUCCACCUCCUCCCCCACCUCCCACUCGCCGAGCUGAAGGCUAUAUCCUUUCUCUUCUUCGUCGCCAGCUCAGAACCCCCUACCUACGCUCCGUUUCUGCUGAGCGCCCGACCCCUCCUGCUCCUGCGUGUAGAAUAGCUAAUGCCUCGCACACCCCACCUCACCGGGGCCCGCGCAGAAAGCACCCCCCUCUCUUAAAGGGUCACAGUGUGGAGGGGUCUCCACCCAGACCUCCGAGGAAAUGCCUUUCUGCUGAGGAGCCACCACGUAAAAGAGGUGGGCGCAGGACUCCGCGAUCCUUAUCGGAGACUAGUCUGAGGGACCCUAAUCAGCGGCCAGAGGAAAAUGCAGAUCUCGGGGUCCAUACAGAAGUAUGGGAGGGAUCCAGGGGAAACCUAGAUGGGUGGGCCAAUCCCAGAAAUCAUAAAGAGAGUUGGGCAAAUACCAGGGCCCAAACUGAAGGGUGGGCAGAUCACGGUGGCUUUGUGCAAGAAUGGGGAGACCCCCGAGGUGGCCGCUGUUACACCCUGGGCCGAGACGCUAGAGGUCCAUCAGUAAGGAUAGGGCCUCCCUGCAGAAAGUGGAGGUCCACCGCUGAGAUUAGCGCGGGGGUCCCGGAGGGAGAAGCCAGGGUGGAUUCAGAAGGGGAAGAGAAGGAGGAAGAGGGCGGCCUUGUGUGGCCUAUGCAGCUCCCCCCUCGGGAUGCCGAAGGGCACCCACAAGUGUUUAAGGUGAAAGCCUCUCAGGCGCUUAAAAAAAAGAUAAUGAGAUUUCACACAGGUUCAUUGAAGGUUAUGACAACAGUGUGACCGUCACUAAGUCCACGCAGCGGGCUGGCAUCUUGUGUCCGCGCUAAUUUAGGCUGAGAGGCCGUUAUAAAUCCAGAUAGACCCUUCACCCCCAGCGAGGCCGCUGCCACUCAGGCGAUGUAUGGGAGUGGUCAGAGCUGGCUACGUAUAAACGUCCAAUGAGAAGACUAGAAAUGCUGUCAUGUGUAAUUUCUCGAAUAAGCCCCACAGGCCCUGUGUAUUACUCUGCGAGAUGCAGGCGCUGCCGCCAUUCCGACAAGAGUGGUGUCGCCGUUUUAAAUUAUUGUCUCUUUAAACACACAAGCAAACUGGCUGGAAUGGAGCCGGCAUCUUGCAGCUUAGUACAUAGUCCCAAUACACCGCUGUGUCUGCGCAGAUCAUCACAAUGACGGGAGUAAUACGAGGCUAGCCCCCGGUACUGAGUGGGACGUGUCUUCCUGUCUCUCAUAUUGAUGAUUCUCCCACUUGUAUAAUUGUACAGCAGGAAUGAUGGCUCUUCAGUGCAGCGCUCACGGCUAUGACAUGUAGCCUCCAACUGUUCUGGAACUACAACUCCCAUGAUGCUUCAGGACUGUGCCGCCAUGGCUCUCUGGUUGUCCCUCAGCCGGAGGUGGCACCACACACCAUCCAUUUAGUAGGACUAUGUAAUGAUGGACUUUGGAUGUCCCAUACGUCACUGCCUGUCGGUGGAUAAUACAGGUCUGACCCUCUGCAUCAUGAUGUUCUUGGGAGAUUCCCUGGGUCAGAGUGCCAAGGGGCCUCUAUGGUUAUGCUAUGUUGUCUUUGGCCUGUCCGCCGGAUGGGGCGCUGGUUUGGCUGGUCCUCCAAGUGAAGCGCCGGACUUUUGCCGGUACUCUGGGUCACUCUCUCCAAUGUAGGGGGCAAUAUCUGUAUCCAUCAGUAUUGAAUGUAUAUAUUUGCUGUAUAUAAUAGUAGGUUAGCUGUGUGUACAUACAUCUGUUAUAUAUGUAAAUAUUCUGUAUGAUUUUGUAUUGAAAUAUGUAAAUAAAGUGUUUUCCUGUCA